AUGCCUGUCGACAUUUUCUCGAACUAUGACAUUAUCAUCGAGUGGAAAACCCCAGACCAUGUCGCGAAAACGUGUCCGAAUGUCGCCCUCGCCGGACGAGACGCGUCCACUCCACGAAAUGAACAAUCCGCAACGCGCUACAUAAAGAGCCUCACUCCGCGCGAGAGAGUUGAUAUGGUUCUAUCAGACCUUCGGGAACAUCACAGGUGGUCUAUGAAGGAUCUUAUCUACCAUAUGGUGCAUGCUCCACCGGAGAUACCGUACGGCAGUUCGGAAAAACGGCGCGCAAGACUGCUGUCGCAAGCAAUAUACGGGCAACCGGAAGUUGUCAGUCAGUUAGCUAGUGUUUCCAAGGACAUCUAUACCAUUGGCCUGUCCGAACAAGCUUCUCGGCUACAAUCUGAGCUUAAAGGCCUUGACGUACUGGGCGAUUUUGAAUUGUAUACUGAUCCUGAACAUGUGGAUGUUGUUCCUGCAUUGGCUACGCGAGCUCAGUCUAAAGCUCCAGAGCUAUGGAGUCUCCUGGUCGGCAUCAUGACACCACCAAGAGGCUCUCGUGAUACGGCUACAGUCUAUCCAGGCAGCAUCUUGAUGAUCUGUUCAAUGCUCGCGUUUGCCUUUGCACCGCGGAAAAGCAACAACUUCCCAACGCUGCUCGGCCUGUACUUACAUGCAAACGGGGUCAAGCGACGCGUGAUUAGCCUCCUGUCUGGCCUGGGGAUAAUUACAGCUUACAAGACUAUCAUGGACCGACGGAAGAAACUCGCAGACCUAGGACAGAGAUGA